AUGAACUAAACCCGGUUUUCUCAAAUACUUCGAAUUCGAACCGUCCCGUGUACGAACAAACAAAAAAAUACACGUUUUCGUACAUAUUCUUCGAUUUUCUUCGACAUCGAUCAAUCGCAAACUACUUUCGAUUCUCCUCUAGAUCUAGCUCUGCUUUUCCUCUUAUUUAACCUCAAUAAUCUUCGAAUCAAAUCCCUAAUCUGUUUAAUUCUUUCAAUCCUCUAUCGAUUGAUCCCCAAAUCAUCUCCACCCGUUGAUUUUACUCAAUUCUAGGGUUAGGGUUUCGAUUCGGUCCCUUAGACCCCUCGAAUCCUCUGAAGCUUUGUUCUUUCUUGUCUAAUUUCGGGUUUCGUUCAAUUCCCCUCUCUAAUUCAGUCCUAAUUUUGUAGGUAUUCUCUCCCGGUUUGAAUUUUCUAGGGUUUCGAAUCGUUCGGUUUGGGUUUGUUCUUGUUUUCUGUAAAUUUCAAGAGGGGUUUGAUUGCUUUUCUGGUGCUUGAUUGUUUCGUGCUAUUUUUGUCCUUGAUUUGGGGUUUUGAUAGGCGAUUCAGGUGCGUAAUUGCUUCGUCUAGGGUUAGGGUUUCAGAAAAAUUUGGGGGUUUUCUAUUUGGUGGAAUUAAAUUGGGGAUACGUAUAGCCUUGUAGGGAUAUCAUCUUUGGCGUGUGAUUCAGUGAAUAUUUCAUCCGAAUUAAGGCUUCUAGGGUUUUGAUUUUGAUCUUCCUCUCUUCUCUUUCCUCUUUUGUGGUCCUUCGAAGUUUGAAUUCAAGGAAUUCGAGAGGUUAACAUGGGAUUUAAAAGGUCUUUUGAUGACGAGGAGUUCCCAGAGCUUCCUUGUAAGCACCCAAGGAAGCCUGAUUAUAGAAAUACACGGACUCCAUUUGCUGAACUUGUUCCUUGUAACAAUGCCUACAAUGCCCCACAAGAACCUAUUUCUUCAGGUGAGGUUGUGGAUGGCUUUCAUAAAUUUCAGUGGCAUGAGGAAAAUGGAAAAGACACUGUUACUAAAGUUUCAAAUUUAGGUGACAAGGAUCUUGAGACUAAUGAACCCUUGUCGUCGUUCUCCAUCUGUUCUAAUGAAGAAGAUGAUGGGUCUGGGGCAUCAGCCUACUCAUAUCUUUCUCCAGAAUAUUUCGAAGUAGAUUUCCCAAGGAGAACGUUAGUUCCAUUUGAGGAUGUCUCGUCUUCUUACUUGGAUCGUUAUCCUAGAAAACAAGUUCCUCUUGGUUCAGAUCAUCAAGCCAGUAUUCCAUUGUGGGGCAAGCAUAUAAAUAAGAACAAGUUAGAUCUGACAGAAAAUUGUAAUUCCAGCAGUAGCGAUGGUGGCAGCAGUGAGGAGAAGCUGAUGGGAACUUGUGUUAUCCCAAUGCCUGAUAUGUCAACAGACAAGGGCUACUAUGCUGGAUGUGGCAGGACAGCCUGUGACUGUCUGGAUUCUGGCUCUGUUAGAUGUGUUCGCCAGCAUGUCAAUGAAGCUCGGGAAGAACUAAGAAAAACCCUUGGGCAUGAUAAGUUUGUGAAUUUGGGGUUUUCUGACAUGGGAGAGGAGGUGGCACACAAAUGGACUGAAGAAGAAGAGGAGAUUUUUCAUGAGGUUGUUUACUCCAAUCCUGUAUCCCUGUGUAGGAAUUUUUGGAAGAAACUGUCAUCGGUGUUUCCUUCUCGAAGCAAAAAGGAGCUUGUAAGCUAUUAUUUCAAUGUGUUCAUGCUUUGGAGACGUGCUGCUCAGAACAGAUCUACUUUUCUGGACAUAGACAGUGAUGAUGAUGAAUGGCAUGGAAGUAAUAGAGGCUCCCAUGAGGUUGGGAAUUCAGAAGAAGAUGAAGACUCUGCUAUUAUCUCUCUUGCUGAUCAAGAUAAUCAGGUAGAUUCUUCUGAAGAAGAUGAUUGUAGUAGUGAUGAUGAUGAUGAUGAUAACGAUGGUGAUGAUGAUUGCAAUGAUGACAGUGGCAAGGGACAUGGUAGAGAAGAUGUCCUUGAAGAAGAUGGUGGUGUGGAUAUUUUGCCAGAAGCACCAGUUUUGAAAUUGCAUGAUGAGAACAAAUUUGACCAGUUAGUUCAGCACAUGGAUAAUACUCCUGGGAGUGAUCAGGAGGAUCUCUAUGCCCAAGAUGACUCAUGCUUGUCAUUUGAUUGUCAAGCCAAUAUGAGUAGUUCCUGUGGUUCUGUUAACAAUGGAGCUGCUUUACAGGUGCGUGGCAUUAAUAGUGAGCAUGGAAAACGCAGUGAAGCCGAUUGGUGUAGCGAUGCGGGUCAAUUCUAUUUACUCGAGCCCUGUGAUGCUAAAGUUUGGGAUGCCAGGUGUACGUCAACUUCUUUAAAAAAUUUUGAUAUUUUAUCCCCAUGGAACAUGAUCGAAGAGGUUUUUGGGGAAGGCACUUCGGAUAACAAGAAGAGGGAUGACUAAAAGGCAUCAACUAGUGGCUCUUUGAGAUAGUUGUAUCAAUUUCUUUGUACAUAUCUUAUCUGGGUUUUUUUUACAAGGGCCAAAAUUUUUGAGGCUUUGGCAGUUGUAACUGUCAUGCAAGAACAGUUCUUCUAAAAGCCUUGGAUAUUCUGUUUUUCCAUUUUCCUUGUGUACAUUCUUUGGAAAUCUCUUAUUUAUGAGCAUAUUAAAAUGCUCUGGAGCAAACAUGCUUUUUGUAAGUUGCUAUGCUCUUGUAUAUUUAAUAUUUUAUUCAGUUCCCACCAUUUUAUUGGGGUCGGAAACCAA